ACUCUUGACAAAAAAGACAAGACAAUCGAAGACCGAAGAUAAAAUAAUUAGCCCGUUUCUUUUAAUAAAUAGUAGGCUAUUUUAAAUUAUUGCCAAUUUGUUGGUAUAUUUAAAUGUAGGGUGCGUUUUCCAGAAGUCGAUAGACUUAUUGGUCUAGGAACUUUAGUAAAUUGUAUUUAGCUCGAGUGAAAAAACAUCGGUAGGUGGACGAAAUGUUGCAGUUUGUGCAUUUAUCUCAAAAUCCGUAAAAGCGCUUUCAUUUCACUGGACGUUAAACAGAGGGGCACGGUGAACCUAUGACAUUGCACAUACACUGAGACUGGGGCUGCAAAUGGGCGGCAUAGGUGGCAAUCUUUACCUCAGUAUGUCGAAUGGGACUGAUACGCAAACUUUCGGAAAAGACACCGAUAUCAACAAUCACCUUCAACGCAGCAAGGAUUUAGCGGAGUGUAAAAUGGGAAUUCAGGACACCAGGUUCUAUUACCAAGACUCAAUUCAAAACGGACAAGACGGGUCGGCAGUGCCGUACCACGCAGACCAAACUGUGGCCGGAUUCGGAGCGCAACCCGGGAGGUUUUACCUAUCAACUCCCCUCAAUAGCUGCCAUUUCAGCAGUGUCAGGUCGCCGACUAGAAACGGAACGGGACAUACUUAUUUACCAACGGGAAGUGAAGGUUUCUCGACAACUAGCAAAGAAGUUUACCCUGCCUCUGCGGAGAGUUAUUCCGCACCCUUUCAACAUGGGUACCCUCGCGCGCCACUCUACCCCUUACCUGGGCUACAGGUGUGCGGGAAGACGCAAGCUCUCCUCAACAACUAUCCUCUGUGGGCGAAGUUCCACAAAUACCAAACCGAAAUGAUCAUAACGAAACAGGGGCGGAGGAUGUUCCCCUUCCUGAGUUUCAACAUCAGCGUUCUGGACCCAUCAGCCCACUACAAUGUGUAUGUGGACGUGGUCCUGUCCGACCAGCACCACUGGAGGUACCAGGGAGGCAAGUGGGUCCAGUGUGGCAAAGCAGAGGUUAACAUGCCAGGGAACAGGAUGUAUAUGCACCCAGACUCUCCCAACACAGGGGCUCACUGGAUGAGGCAGGAGGUGUCGUUUGGCAAGCUCAAGCUUACCAACAACAAGGGCAGCGCCAACAACGUGGGACAGAUGAUCGUUCUGCAGUCACUUCAUAAGUACCAGCCACGGCUGCACAUCGUAGAAGUGAAGGAGGAUGGUUCUGAGGACCCCUUCCUCACCGCCAAGGCCCAGACCUUCGUCUUCCCAGAGACCCAAUUCAUCGCUGUCACAGCCUAUCAGAACGCAGACAUCACCCAGCUGAAAAUAGACCAUAACCCCUUUGCUAAAGGUUUCCGGGACAAUUAUGACACGCUGUACGCACCAUCUGACUCCGACCGCGUCACCCCCUCUCCCACCGAGGGCCAGCAGUUCUUGGCGGGUACCUGCUACACCCAGGGGUACCUGAUGGACCAGUACAUGAACCCCUUGCCCCAGAACCGCUUCUACAGCCGGGAGCACGUGGCAGCCAUGGGCCAUCAGGCCAAAGAUCCCUCAGCCAGCCCCCACAGCCGCUGGUACCUCUCCCCCCAGCAGAGUGUCGCCUCCAACCGGCUGGACUUCAACUCCUACGAGGGCGACUUCUCCAGCAACAGCUUCUACAAGCCCUUCCCCCUGCAGACGUCGGCCCAACAUGCACUGGGCUACUACGAGGACAGCCCCUUCGCCUCGGCCAGCGUAUCCGUCUCAGGAGCCUCCUCGGUAGCCUGGAGCACCGACCGGCCCUCCCCUCCAUAUCUCAACCACCCCUGUCCCAGUAAAGUCGGCCGCAGUCUAGGCUGGUUCAGGCCUGUGUCCUCUACCAACUCCUCCACUACCUUUCCAGGUCACCCCAGGCUCCACCCCCCGUCCCUCCUGGAGCCGCUCCGCCCCCCACCCCCGCUGCAGGACAAGCCCAAGGAGGCGGGGGUGGGGGGAGAGGACCCCUGGCUGGAACCCCCCUCGGUUAAAUCGGUGGACUCGGCUGACUCCGGCCUGUUUGAGGGUGGGGCAGAGAGCAAGAAGCGGCGAGUGUCGCCCUACGCUUCCAGCACGGAGAACUCGCCGCCCACCCGCAGUGCGGAGGUCUGUGAAAAGGACAGCAGUAGUGAUGCCGGCUACUAUGGCUUUUACACCCACUGAAGCAGCCCACACACCACGUAAAUACUCUCUCCUAGUGUCCCCCUCCUGUCCUCUUUGUGCUUUGGUAUCUCCCACAUGGCCGUGUGUCUCUGCCUGUCCCAUGAAGUCAUGUAAUGGCACUGGACUGAAACUCUAUUGACCACAGAAGGCCAACAUCACAGAAGGGCUAGGUAUCUGGCACCUCAGCCAUUUUCACACAUACAGACAGACUGGACCUCUCGACAGCCCAAAAGGGAGGCUACUCUAAGGUUGUGUGUUGGUUAUGUGUUUGAGGACAAGGACCUUCUAAGGUCAGACAGGAACACUUUGAACAUGACUGUCAAUGUGUGCGAGGGCCAAAGAGCCAAGGCGAUUUGACUGGGUCCACAGACACUGCCCUAGAGACACGUAGAUACACAGACACGCAGACCUGUGACUUAAGUCUUUCUAACGUUUGGGGAUUAAAAAAUAAGACGUCUGCACACCUGCCGACAGACCCCUGCAGGGACUGUCCAGUCUUCCCACAUCACACACACACACACACAGACACACACUCUCUCUCACACACACAUGCUCACACACAGACACUACUCUAUUCUCCAACUCCACUUUCAGUAUAUGCUCACUGUCACAUGACCCAAUGUACCGAGAUGCAGACACGACUGGAUGUUAAUAACAAAACUGAAUAAUUUCUGUCUAAUCCUCUAUCUGAGGAGUUUGGAACUCCCCCUUGUGACAGAAGUGAAGAACUGCAAGCUGAUGGUGCAGGCGAGAGCAGAGGCCAGCGUCAGGUGUUAGAGGUGAGGGGAGCUUAGCGAGCACAUGGCCUGAAUUGUCAACGCUAAUCAGCAUCAAGCCUGACGGGCCAGUCUUCCUCUGGUCUACUGUCGCCUACAGCAGGUCUGUCAUUUAGAACAGCACAGCCUUACAACACAGUGGAAUUCAACUUAUCUCACAGACAAUCUGAGGCAACUACAAAAGCGAUUAAUUGAAUUGAACCCUCAGGCUUCCUUCCCAGACUGUUUCAGGUAGCUGCGUUCGGUAUUUCACGGUUUCACUGUAACAGAGGUCGCCCUCUGUGUGAUCAAAUCAAUCUGAAAAUGCCCCAGUCGCCACACAAAUAAAGACCACAAUCAAUAACUACAUUAAAACGUGAGCCACUCAGACAACACACACUGGAAAUCAUUACCAACAGGGUAUAUGGUUUUACACCCCCCCACACACACACGCACACACGCACACACACACAAUCACAAUGAGAAAGACUAUUAAAUGGCCUACACAGGUUAAUUGUAAUAUAGGGUAAUAUUUGUCUAUAUUUAUUGGAUUCGUUGACCUCUGUUGCUCAACAUAGUGCUCCUCCCCUUCAUCUACACUGACUGAAGUGGAUUUAACAGGUGACAUUAAUAAGGGAUCAUAGCUUUCACCUGGAUUCACCUGUCAUGGAAAGAGCAGUUCCUAAUGUUUUGUACACUCAGUGUAUAUGGCUAAGAGAGAGCCAGAAACAGACAGGGUACAUGUAGCCUAUGUAGUGUCACUCCCAGGCUUAGUUAGCGUGACCCGGCAGACCGUGUCCCCCCCCAGACGUUAGAUUCAUAAUGUCGUGACAAUGGCGCAGCUUCCUGGCAAGGUGACCGAGAUCUAUAGAGAGAGGAGAGAGCGCUAGAGAGAGGGAGCCUCCAGUCUGAGCCAAUCAGAGCCCUGGCCUUCACAAGGUGCUAAUGACCACAGACAACUCUGGGGGUCACAGGCAGCCACUCACUCAGAGGACCCUGGGAUACUGGUGGUCUAAAACCACAUAUUGCUGGGUGUGUGUGCUCCAAUUGCGAGGCCAUAAGAAAUGACAGGAAUGUAAUCAAGGCAGGACCUCAUUACUUAUCACACUUAUGAUUACGGUAUAUCGUACACAGAGUACAGUAAGACACAUGAUAUAAUUAGCACUUAAUGAGUGACAGGCUAGCCAUGAAAACAUGACUCACAAACAGUCACUCACUCACACUGGAAGGUGACCAAAACACAUCCACUUUUGAGUUUUAAAAAAAGACAACAGGUCAGUGUGUCUACAGUCAGUCCUGCUGGCAAUGAUUGAAUAUACUUAAUGUAAGAUAUAAUUGUAUAUAAAAAUAAUAAUAAUCCUACUUUCAUAUACUGGAUGUUAAUUUUGUUAACCUCCUCAAGGUGUUUUUAUAUUAUUAAUUCAUGAAUUGUACAGAUGCCAACUUUCAAAGGGAAAUUCUGCGAUUUUGUGUCAGGCUAAACUGCCUUAGUACAAACAAACAGAGAAGCUGGUUUUCCUAUUGGAAGGUGGAAAAAAUCAGUGAUUCUCUGACAUAAAACUGGAGCAAUAGGAUGGAAAAGACAAUCAGAUCUGUGGUAUUGCAGAAAUCUGUAAAUUAAAUAUGCUCGUAAACAGAAAGACACCUUCCCUAAACAGAGCUUAGCAUAAUGUUGACUUUGCUGUGACACCUUCAUAAUGCAAUAAUGCCAUAGCACAGUAAAGGUCAUUGGACUGACUUCAUGUGCUAUAGAAGAGGAAAGGGAAUCAACUGGAAUUUAAAAAGUCAAGCUUUAGAUGUUUUCUUAGGUAGAGUUGAUCUUAUGCUGGACACUGUAAACAAAUAUGAUAUUGCUAACAUGAGUCUCUUCCCAAAAAGUUACUUUUUACCCUUAAGCAUUUUAAAUGAAUGAAAAGGGGAAUUAAUUAUUACAGUUGUUUGUUAAGAGGUGGACAAUUUUUUGUUAUUUAAGUGCAAUUAAUUGAGAUGUGAUUUGACUUUUUAUUUAUAAGGUGUUCAAUAUUGCAAGAGUAAUUGAAAAACGUUGAUUUGAUCAAAUGCUUCGAAAAUGUGCUGAAAUUUUACUCUGUAUCUGGCGUUACAUGAUUUUGUAUGUGACACUGUCUGGCACUGAACCUGCAUUAACAUGAAUGCUAGUGAGUUGAGAGAAAUAGAUAAUUCUGUCUGUAUAUGUGGUGUAGAGUUCUCAGGACUGCCCCCUAGUGUAUAUCUCACUCCUUACAAUAAACAAAACAAAAACUGCCAAUAGAAAUCUUCCAUAAACAAUCCAUAACCCAUGAUUCUUUUAUUAGAAUGAAGCUGUGAAUGGGAAAUGUAAUCCAGUCUUGAUGACUUAAAAAACUCAAAAGAGAUUAAGGAUGGGGUAGUCUUGAAAGGUUAAAUUCUCCAUCCAACAGUUGGAUAGUGAAGCAUGUUAAUUCGUGUUUAAUAUGGACUGUUAGUCUCUGGAGUAGGGCACCUUGCCUUCAGUCUGUGAAAUGGCAUGUCCUUAAAUGUUUAUAAAGGUGUAUCAAUCUGAUUAACUCAAUCGGGCCGAGGAGGCUGCAAAGGAUAUAUAGGAAUGCAGUAGAGAAAUGCAAAACAUUGUACUAAAUGAAUUUGUAAUAUUUAUUCUAAUGUAAUAAAGACUGAAAUAGCAGAAAAUAUUGAAGGAAAAAUUUUUUUAUUUAUUAAAAA